UUGUUUUCUCUACGCAUGCGUGUGGUAGCCUUAUUGAAAAGCUACCAACAUUUUAUUAUUAAAAAAAAUGUCAGAAAAAGGAGAAGUAGAUUUAACUGGUGCCAAGCAGAACACGGGCGUGUGGCUUGUUAAGGUCCCCAAAUACCUCGCUCAGCAAUGGGCAAAAGCGACAGGCAGAGGAGAGGUCGGAAAACUUCGAAUCUGCAAGAAAGGAAACUUAGGAAAAGCAGAGGUGUCUUUCACUUUGAAUGAAGAGUUGACUGUGAUUGAGGGCAUUGAAGAUAAGACGGUGUCUGCACCUCGUGAGCACCCGUUCACCAUGCAGACAGUCGGAGGUCAGACGCUGGCUGUCUUCACUGAGAAUUCAUCGGGCCAGUCAGAAGAGAGAUCUGAUGGCAGCAGCUCAGUUUCGGGGGCGGGGGCAGGCCCAGAUAAAAUAGCCUUGGAGGGAGUGGUGGUGCAGAGAGCAGAGUGCAGACCUGCUGUCAGUGAAAGCUACAUGAGACUGAAGAGGUUACAAAUUGAGGAGUCCUCUAAGCCAGUCAGGCUGUCACAACAGUUGCAAAGUCCAGUCACCAACAACUACAAACCUGUUGCCAACCAUACUUACAAUCUUGAGUAUGACAGGAGAAAGAAGGAGGAGGGCAAGAGAGCCAGAGCUGACAAACAGCAGGUGUUGGACAUGUUGUUUUCUGCUUUUGAGAAGCACCAGUACUACAACAUCAAAGACCUGGUGGACAUCACCAAACAGCCUGUGAUUUACCUGAAAGAAAUCUUGCGUGAUAUUGGCAUCUACAAUGUGAAGGGAACACACAAGAAUACCUGGGAGCUCAAGCCAGAAUACCGACAUUACCAAGGAGAGGAAAAGACUGACGAAUAGUUUUCAGACCUCGCAGGGCUGAUACACCAUCUUCUUCAUUUGAUGGGGGUAACUCCCAAAUCAGGUCUUGAUUGGACCUUGGAGCUCUCACCUGAUUUCUUUACAUCAGGUGUGGAAACACACUGACUAACGAGGUGAAGCAGAGGUGGAGUUUUACAAAGAGAAGUUGUUGUUUCUUAUUGUUGUUUUGUAGGAUACAAGAAGAGGCGGCAUUAGGAAACAAAUUGAGGUUUUAUGCUGAUGUGCACCACAACCUCAUGGUAAAACAAAGUAUUUGAAAUAGUUGUGCCGUCCAUCCGAGGAAAAGGACGUCACAUUUGAAAAAGCAGAAGAUGCAUUCUGCUUUUUAACAUUGAUUUUUGAAAAUGGGUUUACUUUUCAAAGGAUAAACUUGUAAGCAGGUAGGAUGUGUUGCAAGAAAUGAUUCCCUGAUGUGUGAUAAGGGAUUUUCUUUUUCUUGACUUUUUCAUUUUAUUGAAGUGAUGUGCUUCUCUUAAACAACCUUGCAAGUUUCAGAAUCAUGAUUUUGGAAGAUUAAUUCAGCUUGAACUUGUUGAAAAUAUCUAAACUGCUAAUGUUGUAUUCCUUUUUAAAAAUCACGCUUCAGGCGCCUGACAAUUUUAACUGGUUUUACAUUUUGUUGACUUCUGUAAUAAAUGUUUCAAUAGAAAAAGUUA